UUAAUCAAGUAUAUAAUCAAUGUGAAUCUAGCCAUUUUUGUUUUAAAGUUAUUAUUCUAUUAAACUCUUACAGGCCUAAAAUCUAAUAGACAAGUUGCCUAUGCCCUGGAAUGCACAGAGAUAAGCAUAUGGUCAGACAUACCUUAAAGGCCUCCCCUCCCCUUGUGAUUUAUGAUGGUCUAAAAGGAGACAUGUCUAUGUGGGACCGCCCCAUGUAUGAUGUAUAUAAGGAAAAACCAAAUAACGCACGGGAGAGUUCCUUGCAACGUCCUCUCGACUUGGUUUUGUUUAAAAUAAAGUCUUUUCUUCGGUGAGAAACCCCUGACUGAGUGUGAUUCUUCUGAGAACCGGCGAAAUACACCACAGAUUUGGCACCCCAGAUGGGACUGGACAAGAGUGGCAGAGUGGACAGCCGCUUUUGAGCUGACCGAUGAUCAACACAACCGGGUGGCCACCAUAAAACAAGGAAAAAAGAAAAGAGCCCAGUGAGGAAUCGGAGACGGUCUGUCCAGUUGUUCCAGGGGACCAAGUUUAUCUGAGGGUAUUCCGGAGAAAAUGGAAUGAGCCCAGGAGAGAAGGACCCUACACAGUGGUGAGAGCUACUCCAACAGCAGUCCAAGUGGAGGGAAGCACAACCUGGUAUCAUCUAAACCACUGUACUAGAGUUCCCACAGGAAAGACAGAAAGAAAGGAAAGCAGACAACCAGACAAUACAGGAGAGAGCAAUGAGGAAGAAUCAGAGACACAUGAUGAAGUGCAAACUGACGAGAGCUCUUUCCUCCUGUCAGACAAACUGGAGAGGACAGAGAAUAAGUCUGACAACAUGUCUGAAGACCAUUCUAUGCCUAAUGAAUCUCAUAAUGCAGACUCAAACUCAACCAAUAGAAAGCAACCUGACUUCCCUUCAAUUGACUUUACAACCUUUGAACAAAAGUGAUAAUGUGAUCAACCCAACAGAACCAACGAUAAUCAAAAUUCGUAGAGACAUUGAUUAUGAUGUUCAAGGUGAUGAAGACGUUAGUCAAAUUGAUGCAUUAUGGGAUACAGCCCAAAAUAAUGAAUGGUAUAAAUGGGCAGCCUUUACAGCUAAAGAAACAGGAAAAGAAAAUUGCUUGCUGUGCUCCAAAUCUCCGUUAAACAAAGUAAUAGCCAUACCAAAUCCAUAUGACUACCGAAAAUGUGCCCAAUUUGGAAGAAACUUUUGUCAUUUAACAGAUUUUACCAGGCCAUAUUGUAUUGCUGAAUGCCUUGGAUUUUUAGGAAAUCCUAAAUUAACAGAUUAUUUCUUUAGACCACUCUGGGGAUCCUGGUGUCAGUAUUCAGAUAUCGGUCAAAAUAUAAAAAUUAAAAAACAAAAAGUAGAGAUUCCAAAAUGGUAUAGCAUAGAUUAUAAACAAGAAUAUGAGUGUUUCCAUAAACCAAAAGGAACCCAAGAUGUGGGUAAAUUUAAAGGAAGAUGUGCUAUUAUUUGGUAUAUAGAUAAGAAAAAUUCUUGGAAAUCAGGAGUUCCUUCUAGAGCUCCAGAUCUUUUAGCAUUCGGAACAACUAAAGGAAGUAAGAUAGCACCUGAAAAAUGUGAAAAUCAAACUAUAGCCUUACCUCCAAUAGAAAUUUAUGAAGAUCAAUCAUUAAUAAUAGCAGAUUUCUUUUGGAUCUGUGGAGGUGAAAUAUUAUUGCCGUCUUUACCAGUUGGAUGGAAAGGUAUAUGUGUAAGAGUAAGGUUACUUCAAGAAGUUAGCAUGGCAUAA